UGACGGCGGAACGUGAUGACCAGCUCAGUCAAUCUUGAGUCGUGCUUGUGGGUUGUGGAGCGGGGUGGUCGUCGUGUUGACGUUGAGGAUGCAACGACUGAUGUCAGCCCCGAAGCACCCGUGCAUGCAUCCUUGAGUACAUCCGUGAGUGCGGUUGAAAGGGUGUUGCAGUACUACUGCAUACCACCUUCGGCAGUCGCCACAGCCAUCGCUGAGGUCGCUGCACUUCUGAAUCAAGUGGCUGGGUCCGUUGUGUGCUCGCACGCCACACCAUACUGGUGUGCUCCAAUUCUCCUCGCUGCGUGUCAAGAAGCUGGGUGCACGUUCAGCGCAGCAAAGCAGGGUGAAGCAUGUGACACGGCCGUGUACGUGACCGAUGCCCCGAGUCAUCGAGAUGACUUGUUGGGAACAGUGACGCUGGUGGCGGAGGAGGCAACCCCACAGCGUGCAGACAUGCCACAGCCGUCUUCGCCUUCUCAACAACACGUGUCCAGCAUCACCGCAAUAUUGCACCUCUACCGCCCAGCUCGGUCCGAGCCAACUCAACACCAGCCUGAGCCGUAUUUAUAUCGGGUGCCCACAUCAGGCACAAGCGGCGCUCCAAAGAUUGUCUCUGGAACAUACACCACCAUCGCCACAGUCAUAAACGACAUUCAACAAUACGCUGAACUGAGCUCGGACGAUGUCGUUGCUGUCAUGUCACCGCCCACGUUUGACCCCCACGUGCUGGACGUCUUCCUUGCGCUCCGCACCGGCGCCUCCCUCGUCCUCCUCCACCCCUCCAUCCCCAUGGCCGGUGACUUGCUGCUGGAGGCAUUCACUGCUCUGCGCGUCACAUACGCGUGUAUGGUCACCACCGUCUUCACAGAGCUGUUGCAAUCGCAAUCCACACCAGCAGCGCCAGCUGUCGGCGAGGGCACGAGUGCAUUUCCACCUUCUUCUUGUCAUCUGCGCCAUCUCUUUGUUGGUGGAGAAAUGUUCCCAUCGCCCACCGCGCUCCUCCCGGCCUGGAACUGGUCGCACCGCUGUCGUCUCUGGAACAUCUACGGCAUCACAGAGCGUGCGGUGUGGCAGUUGUUAUGCCCUGUGACCAGACCUGUUGUUGAGAGGUGCAUUGCUAUCAACACGGCCCUGCCAAUCGGUUUUCCUCUCCCCAGCGUCACAGCACAGUUGAACGAUAAGGGCGUCCUGUUUGUCGGCGGUGAAUACCGCAGCUGUCUCGUCAGUGAUAACAACAACAACAACAACAACAACACACCACCAUCAACGCAUCACGGGUUGUGGUCGACGGGCGACGUGUGCGCGCGUGUCGCUGAUGCCGAGCUGCUGCGCCGCCUCCUCGCCGCUGCGAGGACAACCGGACCGUUCUUCCAAAUCUUGGGCCGCAGCGAUGAUAUGGUGAAAGUGCGAGGGAAGCGGGUGUGGCUGGACGCGGUAGCGCGAUGGCUGAAGGUGCACUGGCCCAACACGCGCCAUGCCGCCUGCCUCCGUUACCAGACUGCAGGCAGCGUUGCUUGCAGGCAUCGGCUUGUUGGUGUCUGUGCCACCGACACUGAAACACCGCACACAGCAGCAGCGACAGCGACAGCAACAGCGGCACCGAACGAACACGUCGUCACAGGCGCAGCCCUGUCUGCGCUCAACCGCCGCUUGCGAGAGAUUUUUGGUGUCGAUGUUGAUGCCAUUGUAACAACACCAACGCUGACAACCACCUCCCACGGCAAGUCGUGGACGCUAUUGCGAGCGAAGGAGGUGUUGCAGUGUGCGAUGGAAGCAGCGGGCGUGUGCGUCCCAUCACCACUGGUGGCCGGCUGGGGUGCAGUGUCGUUUGCAAGCGCUGGUGGAGACUCGCUCGCGGCUGCAGAUGUGUGCAGACAACUGGAGGCCGUGCCCGGUGUUGUGUACGCGGCCAUGCUGCACUCCCUCAUGAACGACACGCUGGACGCGUGCGCCCACAAACUGCUUGCCAUGGCGACGCCUGCUGACCACCGCGGUGCUGGCAGUCGAUCGGAUGUGACGCGGAGUGCUGACCAAGGCGCCCACAACACAGCAAAUCAAGGCGUUUGGGCCUGCGAGAACGUGACUGUGGUGAGAACCAGAUCCAGGCACCCUCCUACACCCACCCAGACACAGACCCACACCGCGGCUGACACCGUCGCUGGCCCGGCCACGUCGCCAGCUGCUUGUUCGUGCCACGUGCGGUGGACGCAGGACAUGGGUGCGUGUGUGGAUGCAAGCCCAACCCUGCACGUGUGCGAUGACGAUGAGACGGGCACACAUCCGCAGCGCCGCGUGUACAUUGGCAGCCACGCCGGCAUCUUCGCGUGCCUGGACGCAGCGUCCGGUGCCGUGCUGUGGAAGGACACCUUUGACGGGCGCAUUGAAUCCGCGGCGUGCAUUUCCUCAUGCGGGCGGUUCGUGGCGGUGGGCUGCUACACUGGCGAGGUGCGCGUCUAUGGCGGCGUCACGGGCGAGCGCUGGUUUUCCACGGCGCUCCCUGAUGCAGUUCGAUCGCCCAUCCGCUACGAUCUGGGGUCCCGCCUCUUCUUCGUCGCGUGCUAUGACGGGCGCCUGUAUGCACUUGAUCCCAACCGCCGCACGUGCUUUGCAUGCCGCCAUCCAGCGCCAACCACUCAAGGUGGCCCCCUCGCCGCCCCGCCGUGCUUGCUCAGAUGCUUGCAAGCACCGGGCGAGGAGGGGGAGAGGGAUUAUGAACGCACUCACAUGGACACAGCCGUCGUCGAAGAAGGAGUAGCAGCCAUAUUGCGCAAACAAACAAGCAGUCCACGACACGGGUCUUCCCCUGUCACCAGCAGCAGCACCAGUACCAGCAGCAGUCGAGGGACAAUGGCACUGUGCAUCACAGCAUCGCUGCGGGGUCACGUGACGUGCUUUCAGUAUGACUACGAGGGCGAUGGGAAACCUGGAACUGGCGGAGAUGGCAGUACUUGCACGAUGCUGGAGCACCUGCUUUGGAGACACAAGGCCACCCACCCCAUAUUCGCUGCGCCGGUUGCGCUGGCACACGCGGGAAGCAGCCCGCCGCGUGUGCUCAUCUGCCUGGUGAACGGGGUGGUGAUGUGCAUGCACGCAGUGCAAGGACAGUUGCUGUGGCGCUUCAAUGCGGACGCAGACGUCUUUGCCGCGCCCCUCGCCGCUGUUGUUAUGCCGCUGCGCUCAUCUUCAUCUUCCCGUGAAGACCCAGACACAUCCACAGCACCAGCACCCGUGCCCUCAAGAGACAGAGACGAACACGGCAAUUGUCGCGCGAGUGCCGUGACCACCACCGGCCAGUGGCUCAUCAUCGUGUGCACCAAAGCCGGGGCAGUCAUUGCACUCAGUGGCCACGGGGAUGUGCUGUGGCGACGUGCUGUUGGCGAACACAGCAUCACCGCCAACGCCACGAUCGUUUAUCCCAGUGGAGAUGAUGAUGAUGUUCAUGAUGUGGCCCAAGUUGCCGUCGUGACGACAGACGGGCACUUGUUCUUGCUGCCGCUGUUUGAGGAGGAGCUGGGCCAAAGGGAUGGCAAGCGAGGUUGCAGCCGUUCUGUGUGCCAGUUUGGCAGCCAUGUGUUUGGCACGCCCUCGUGUGUUGAAGACAGCAUGUUUCUUGGCACUCGGGAUGACAUGCAUCUCAUCUUGCAGGAAUGCAAGAUCAAUCAACAAGAGGCUGCGCACCCUGUUGCGUCACCGCAGCGAAAGUGCCAACGACUGCAACUGGAAGUUCCUUUUAUUCUCGACGCGACAGAGAUGAAGCAGUUGCUGGAUGAACAUAUGGAGGCAAGAGAAGUGACGUGGGAGUGGGGAUACUCUUCAUGGUGCUGCUUUGGGGUCGGAAAGAGCGUGACGUUGUGUUGA